CCGCAGUCAAAAAACCGCAGUCGACGGAAGACCCAUCUGUGCAGUCGACGGAGGACCCAUCUGCACGCCGGCGACGAAGGACCCAUCUGCACGCCGGCGCCGAUCUGUGUUCUCCGGCAACGGUUUCACAGAUCUGUGCAAGUGUUGUGCAGUCGACGGAGGACCCAUCUGCACGCCGGCGACGAAGGACCCAUCUGCACGCCGGCGCCGAUCUGUGUUCUCCGGCAACGGUUUCACAGAUCUGUGCAAGUGAGGUGCAAUUGUCGAAAGUUCAAGGUUCGAAAAUUUAUUUCACCGAUCUGCACGGCGGCGGUUUUAGCGAUCUGAAAAAAUUGGUCCUCUUCGGCAUUCAGGAGGCGGCGGUGGAGGAAUUCUGAUAAAUCCAGGAGGCGGCGGCGUUGAAGAAGCGGCGGCGGCUGAGGCGUCCGAUUAAUCCAAGGAGGAGGAGACGGAACCUUUGGGCAUUUCGAAAUCUAGUUAAAUAUGCCUCGUGGGAAGAAAUCAUCUGCGAGAAUGGUUAAUAAAGAGCGUCCAAAUGAUGACACUGGUGAACGUCUUGAGGAAUUCUACAAUAUUUUAGCUGAUAAAGUUGCUGAUUGUAUCCUCAAAAAUCGGCGGAAAGAUGUUAGUAACUCAACCCGUAAAGAAAAUGAUGGUCCAAGUAAUGAGCAAAAUGGAACUGAUGACGCUGAAGUUAAUGCAUCUACAAUUAUUGCUGAGUGUAUGGAAGCUACGAGUGCCAAAAAGAAAGGAAAGGAAAAGGCAAACGCUUCUCUUGAAGACACACUUCUUAAUGAGGAACGAGUCAUAAAUGCGAGAAAUAGGGUUGUUCGUAAGAUCAAUGAAGCGUUGUGCAGUAAUGAUGAUGACUUUGUUGAAGAAGGUUUAAACGAGAAGAAUACUGAAAAUGUUGGGCCAAAAGAUACUGUGCAAAAGGAAGGUAAUAUUCAUCCUAUGCUUCGAUCACGUGGCAGCCCAUCACAUUUGCAUAAGUUGAUAUCAUCACUCAACGACACCCAAAAGGAAGCUGUAAAACAUAUUGGGUUUGGGGGUUUAUUGCAUCUACAAAUCAAUGAACUACCUACAAAGUUAGCCUAUUGGGUUAUAAAGAGUUUUGACAGAAAAGAGCUGAUGAUUCAACUUUGCAAUGGCAAAUUUAUCAAAGUGACUGAAGAGGAUGUGCAGAGGGUUUUUGGGUUCCCUCGAGGCCCAAAUUUGAUCGAGUCUGUUGAGGCCAAACAGAAGCAUACUUUAAAAGAUCAAUGGCUUUCAUUUUUCCCUAACAGCAAAAAGGGGAACAUCACAGCGAGUGAACUAGAAAGAGUUGCACUUGAAUGCGUUGAUGGAGGGGACUGGUUCAAGAGGCAUUUCUUGAUUUUGGUUGCACACACACUAGUGGAGUAUAGAGGCCAUGGAUAUGUGGUUCCUUUGAUUAUCAAAUGCGUAGAAGACUUAAUGACUCUGCAUAAAUGGAAUUGGUGCGAGUAUGUUAUAAGAAGUCUUGUCGACGCGCGCGACAAAUGGGAUGCUAAUCAUCUAAAAAUGUUUGUUGGACCAGUGCUAUUUCCAUUGGUACUUUACUUGGAUCGGACUAAAGUUGGAAACAUCAUGCAUGGCAGACAGCUACCAUCCAUUACCAAUUGGGAUUACAAGUCGAUGAAGGCUAGAGAAGAUGUAGAAGGCAGAAGUAAAAGAGGAUUUGGACAUGGGGAGUUGUUAGAUCCCAUUGAGCUUCACUUUGGUGGUAAGAUGAAUGAUGUUGAAGCAGAAAAUACAACAAAUGUUGAUACUGACGAGCUUGUAGAUAUAGCAGUGGAUCAAGAGAACUUUGGGAAACAACUUAUGAGGAAACUACAUAAGUUAGUUUUGAUUCGGAAGGAAAUGGAAUCAAUGAUUGAACUCACGAAAACUGUUGAUGUUGUCGACAAUGGCUUGAAGAAAGCAAUAACUGAGGCAAUGAUGGAAUUGGGACUCCAAGAUAUGAGUAGUCCUCCAACGAAUGCAAUGGACAACACACAGUUUUGGAAUGAAGUGAUUGAUGCCAGCAUUGAAGUAGAAUCCACUUAUGAAAAGCGUAGGGAAAGAAUGGUUGACUUGUCAGAUGGUCCAACUUUUGAUCUUGGGAUUUCACAAAUGGGCAUGGACACAGGCGAUCAGCGUGAGGAGAUGCAAACUGAAGAGGUUGGCAUAGAGAAGGAUAAGUGUGUUGGACAUUCAGAUGAUGGACAAAUUGAGAUUUAUGACCAUGUUCAAAAAAAAGAUAACGUUGUUGUUGCAUUGCCAAGGAGAAGCAAAAGAAAGAUGGUAAAAAAUAAGUGA